UUCGUUGAUGACCAUAAAGUGUUAAGGUGUGCAUUUCGGCCAAAACACUAUGACUAGACCUCUCAGACCAUUGCUCAAAGUCCUGAGCCCCAGACUGGGCAUUCGACACUACCAUUCUCACCACUCUUCCCCUCAAACUACCAACGUCUCUUCAGAAAUACCGAAAAGCGCCCGACUCCGAUUUGCGCCGUCUCCUACUGGCCAUCUGCAUCUUGGUGGUCUACGAACGGCUUUGUUCAACCACAUACUAGCGAGGAAAUGGAAAGGAAAAUGGCUGUUGAGGAUUGAGGAUACCGAUAGGUCGAGAUAUACUGAGGGAGCCGUGGAUAGCUUGAGAAACGCCUUGGAAUGGGCAGGGCUUGAGUAUGAUGAGGGUGUGGGUGUUGGAGGAUCUUACGGACCUUAUACCCAAUCUGAGAGGAUCGACAUCUACCAACACUACACCAAAGAACUCCUUUCUCGGGACGAAGCUUACGAAUGCUUCUGCUCGCCCACCGAGCUGGAGGCUAUCAAGUUAUCAUUAGCACAACAAGGAUUCAAGCACAGUUAUGAUGGACGAUGUCGGCAUUUGACAGAGGAGGACGUGGCUAGGCGAAAGCGUGCGGGGCAGAAGUUUGUGGUUCGGUACAAGAAUGCUCCCGGAGAGCUCGACUUACCUCCUGACAUGAUAUUUGGUACUCACCAGCCCACAGCCGUGAUUGGCCCGGACGACUUUGUCCUGCUCAAAUCAGACGGUUGGCCAACUUAUCAUUUGGCAAGCGUGGUCGAUGACCAUCUCAUGGAGAUCACACAUGUUCUUCGAGGGGAAGAAUGGCUCCCUUCCAUACCAAAGCAUCAUAAGCUUUACAGAGCAUUCGGGUGGACGCCCCCUCAAUUUGCGCAUCUUCCUUUACUGUGUAACCCUGAUGGAACAAAGUUGAGUAAGCGACGUGGUAACACCUUUGUACAGCAUUACCAGAAACAAGGGUACGAGCCCGAGGCACUCCUCAAUUUCCUCGCUUUAAUGGGCUGGGAUUAUCACGCCGCUAUCACAUCUUCAUCCCCUGAAACCACCCUCGAUCCUCACAUCCGAACCGACGGUCACUCUUUGUACGAACUCUUCACCCUCCCUCAACUCAUCGCCGCGUUUGACCCUACCCAUAUCAACCACCGUAAAGCUGCUGUUAAUCAGGGCAAGUUGGAUUUCUUGAAUAAAAUGACUUUGAGGAGAAAGGCUGGACGGUUGGGAGAAGAUGGGGUGAUGGUUGAAGCGGGGAAGGUCUUUACGGGACAAGAGGAGGAAGAAAGGCAGAAGUUGGUGGAAAGGUUCCAGGUUUCAUUGAGGGAAGAGAAAGUCCUCCAGGGAUGUGAGUUAGUAAACGACCUUGAUUUUGUUGGGAAAGUGUUCGAUGCCGAGCUUCCACGAACCACGCGUCUCUGUGAGAUGCCCAUACACUCGAUCUUCUACUUCCUUCCUCCAACGUACACAUGCCAAGAAUCCAAAUCUAUCCUCAAGGACCUCAAUUUUCGUCUCUACUGCCAAUAUACACAUCUCUUUGCCGAUGCCCUCCAAACUCGUGCAGAAUCAGCCGAGUCUGUGGACGAAGCCCUGGUGUGGGAUGUCAUUCACGAGGUGGUGGAGGCUUCAGGUGUGACGAAGAAGAGCCAGUUCCUAAUUCCUAUCAGACAUGCUUUGACAGAGAGAAAGAAAGGACCCAGUAUCCCCGAGUUGGUCACCGUUUUGGGUCUCGAUGAGAGCUUGUCAAGAUUACGAAGAGGAGAAGAGUUCGUCAGGGAACAGGAUCUUGCCCGUAGGAAGGCCGCGGAGGCCGAGUAAAAAAUCUAGCACAUUGAAUACAUCAAUCAUCUUCUAUUAUGAAACCAUUC